UCUGUGUAUUGCAGUCGAAAAGUGUUCGCGAACGCGCGUACGUACCGACCGCCGAUAAGAGACCGGCGCGUCUGUUCGGCGGGAAAAUACGAUUGUAUCAUGGAGUUGGUGUUAGUGUUGGUAGUUGCACUGGUGGGGGGAGUGUGGGGGGAGGAUCAACCCCCGGUUCGAGCUGAACCCGUUCAGCUACCUGACGAAAAUCCCCUAGCGGACACAGAAAUACUCCUGGCUUUUGUGAUAUUCCGUCACGGGGACCGAACACCGGACCAAGAAGAAUUGGAUCUAUUUCCAUCUGACAAGCAUGUCAGCAGCAACAUUUUUUUCCCCUUCGGGAAGAAGGCUCUCACUAACAAAGGAAAACAACGAGCCUAUUUAGUGGGUAAGUAUCUUAGGGAGAGGUACGAUGGAUUGAUUUCCAAGUUAUACCUCCCUGACGAGAUUACGGUACGUACUACGGAUUAUGAGAGGACCCAGAUGACAGCCCUGGCUGCAUUGGCAGGAUUGUACCCUCCCUCACCAGCUCAACAGUGGCACCCGAGCUUGGACUGGCAACCGAUACCGUAUGAUACGCCACCGGCAGAUAGAGACGACCUGCUCUACUGGUACAACUGUCCGGUAUACCUCAAGUUGAGAGACAAAUCAUACGAGCUGCCAAAUGUCAAGAAACAGAUAGAUCCAUACAGGCCCCUGUUCGAAUUCCUGAGUAACAAAACUGGAACAAAUGUUACGAAACCCGAAGAAGUUUUCUUUAUAGAUAACUUAUUCCAAACAUUGAGUAAUGUGGGUGUCGACCCUCCAAAAUGGGCACAAGAAGUGAUGCCGCAAAUAAGAGAGGUGACAAGACUUGAAUACGCAACGCAAUUUCAUAAUGCUGAUCUGGUCAGGAUAGCGACAGGUGUACUAAUGCAAGAUAUCCUGAACAUCACAAGUGGUGUUGUUUACGACAAUAAGGAAAGAGAGCCGAAGCUUUACUUGUAUUCUGCGCACGAAAAUAACGUCGCGGCCCUUAUGUCAGCAUCGAGAGUCUACCAGACACACCAGCCCAGUUACGGAGCCACCUUCUCUUUAGAACUAAGAAGAAACAAGACAACUGGAGAUUUUGGAAUUUCGGCUGUGUACGCCCCCGAUGCCGGCGGUCCAGGAUUGGCUCUACCGAUUGAAGGUUGUCAAGAUCAGGUGUUCUGCGAGUUUGAUAAGUUUGCUGCUCUCAUGCAAGACGUGAUAUGGACACAAGCGGACAUGGACAAAGCAUGCAGGGCCCCAUUAUAGUACAUAAGGCGUUACACAUUUUUAGAUGUAGAUAGUUGACACGAAUAAAGUGGCUGUGAUUAUUAGUA